AUGAAUUAUCCUUAGCAAGUAAACAGUAAAGGAGAUUUCAAAGAAUUUAUGGAUAAACAUCCAGAAUAUUCAUAUUAACUAAGUUUCUCGGAAAUCAAAAGUAGUUUGGAUUCAAAUUAAUUAAUUUAUGAAUAUGAAUUAAGGAUUAAUAAUAUUGUGCCAAUCAAAAGAAGAGGAAUAUAAAAAAAAGUUGUUGAAAAAGAACUCUUUAAAUGUGCUUUGGAAUUAGUUAACAGUGAAUAAUUUUAACGAUUUUUGGAUGAUAGCAUGAAAAGUUAGCUAGAUAACACCUUCGAUGGAAGUUCAAAUUCCAUAUCAGAAAUAUUCCUAAACCAAAAUGAUUCCUGUUAAAAUCAUUAGAGAUCUUAAAUACUUUAGUUAUUAUCUCAAUAUGAUGACUAAAUAUAAUAAGCCUAAUAUAUAAACGAGGAUGUUGAAAGGAUGAAACGGAUCCUUAAUUAUUGA